UCUGUUCAAAGUGGAGAAAUUGGGGGAUUUCUUCCAAUGUCGGGAGCUCCUAUAGUAAGGUCCAUGAACGUGGCCGACUCAGAGGUUCGGCCGGUCCUUGGGCCUGCUGGAAACAAGACGAGGUCAACAAUUACAAGGAAACCUGCUUCCAAGCCUUUGCGGAAGGUGGAGAAAACGCCAGAACUUGCGGUUGAGGAGAAGAGAGUUCCUUCGGCUCCUGUUGCUGCUUCACGUCCUAAGCUUCACUCGAUGAACGUUCCUUCAAUUUUGCGGAGGCAGGAGCAGUUAUUGCACUCUAAUUUGUCGCUCAAUGCGUCUUGUUCAUCAGAUGCUUCUUCUGAUUCUUUUGUCAGUCGAGCUUCUACUGGAAGAAUAACUCGAGCAAGAAGCACUGCAAGCCGCAGAAAGCAAGCUGCUUCAAAGCCAGAAAAAGUUGUUCCAGAUAGUGUCUCCGUACCUCCACUUGAUACGCUGGAAGGGAAAAAGAGGUGUGCCUGGGUGACACCAAAUACUGAGCCAUGUUAUAUUGCUUUCCAUGAUGAAGAAUGGGGAGUUCCGGUCCAUGAUGACAAGAAACUGUUUGAGUUACUAGUCCUAUCAGGUGCUUUGGCUGAACUUACAUGGCCUGCAAUUCUUAGCAAAAGGCACAUAUUUAGGGAAGUCUUUUUAGAUUUUGACCCAGUAGCAGUCUCAAAAUUGAGCGACAAAAAGAUCACAGCUUCAGGAAGCACAGCCAGCUGCUUAUUAUCAGAACUAAAGCUGCGAGCAAUUAUUGACAAUUCACGUCAAGUUUGUAAGAUCAUUGAUGAGUUUGGUUCAUUUGGAAAGUAUAUUUUGGGCUUUGUGAACCACAAGCCAAUUGUCAGCAAAUUCCGGUAUCCUCGCCAGGUUCCAGUGAAGACUCCAAAAGCUGAUGUGAUAAGCAAAGACUUGGUCAGAAGGGGUUUCCGGAGCGUGGGGCCUACUGUGAUCUAUUCAUUCAUGCAAGUUGCUGGAAUAACGAACGACCAUCUAAUUACUUGCUUCAGGUUCCAGGAAUGCAUAACCACAGCAGCAGGGAUUGAAGUGGUGGAUGACAGCAAAGCUAAAACUGAGGAGAAUAAAGCCGAGGACAUGGCGGGCUCAGAAAUAACAAGGGCCAUGGAUGAGUUAAGUAUCGCAGAAUGAUGAAAUGAGGUUGCCGCUUGAAAGGUGAACAUAAACUUUCUGUCACCUAUUUUCAUCCAUGUACAACCAUUUCUAGAUUGUUGGCUGCUCUUUUACGAGGUGGGUGCCUGGGUGGUGGUGGAAUGUAGGUUGUGUAUAAAGGAGAUAGCUAUGAAUUCUUAUGCAUCUUCGUUUGUAGAUUGAUAGGAGGAGAACUCUUUAUCGAUGACUGAUGAUGAUUGAAUAUAUGUUGCCGAGAGAGAGCCUUCUGAGAUGGAUGUACAUUUUUCCUUGUAUAGUGAAAGGAUAUUUCAGCAUGUUUUUCAUUUUAAAAAACCUUAUCCUUUUCUUUGAACCAGGGGCUGGGUUUCUUCUGUC